AUGAAUCCAGCUGAUCUUCCGAGUAGAGGUUGUUCAGCUCUCUCCUUAUUGAAAUCUCAGUGGUGGUUAGGUCCAAGUUGGCUUUACUUGCCUGAAGAAGAUUGGCCUAAAAGUGACUUAAAUUUAGAUGAGACUGAGAUUGUUAGAGAAAAGAAAAAGAGUAUAGUUUCUUCUGUAACUAAAUGUUUAGUUUCUGCAUGCUUGGUUACCAAGAGAGACUGGUAUUACAGAUAUUUUUCCCAAUACAAAAGGAUAGUUAAUCUAAUUACCUGGAUCCUAAGAUUCACCUCCAAUUGUCGAACUGAAAAAACAGUGAGAAAGCAUGGAAACCUUGAUUCUGAUGAAAUUUUUGAGGCUGAGAAGUUAUUGAUUAAAAUGGUUCAAGAAGAUUGUUUUGUGAAUGAAAAGGAUGAGAAAUUAAGAACUUUAGGAGUAUUCAAGGAUCAAAGUGGAAUCCUCAGACUAAACACUAAAUUUACCUUUCGUGAGGAUACAGAAGACUUUAAAACGCCAGCUAUUCUUCCAUUCAAUCAUGAGGUUGUCAAGAGACUAGUGCGAUACUAUCGUGAGAAAAAUGCACAUGCUGGUACUCAAAUUUUAAUAAAUAUUCUACGAGAGAGAUUUUGGAUUCUGAAUGCUCGUGAAACUGUGAGAUCUAUCAUCAAUCAAUGCACCGUGUGUGGACUUGAACCUCAGAUUCAAAAGACUAGAGCAGGUCGUACAAUCAAAGUACCUAAGAGACUGGACUUAUGA